AUGAGUUAUCUUAGGAGAGAGAAUUUCAGAUCUUUCUUUUUCUGCAAAUGGUCUCGAUCAUAUUUUGGGCUUCUUUUGUUCUUCUUCAUGCCAUAAUAAUUGGUGGGUUUUAGUGUAUGAUUUCUAUAAUGAACUGACACCCAUUGGAUCAGCCCCAACCACUCAAUUUUGAUGAUUCAUAGGCUUGAAAUACCAAUCUUAAAAGUCAUGAAUAUUCCUUUUUCCAAACAAUUUCAUACCUAUGUUAUAGUUCAGUGCUUAAAAUUGGCUUCUUUAAAUUGAUUGUUGCAAUAUUAUAACAAAAACUACUACUCUUUUUUAUCAACUAAGCAUGAUGAUGGUGCUCCUGAACUAAUGAGAGCACUAGUAAUGGGGUGAGCAGAGUUGACAUAACCCAUUUUUGGGUGAGAGACAAGAUCGACCCCAUUAAAAGCUUGUUUUCUGAUUGCCGAUAACUUUUCUUUGAACAGGGCAUUUCAGAGCUUGUUUUCUAUGAGCAAAAUCUGAUUAGAUUAGACUGUUAAUACAGACUCCAGAGCAUCAUGGUUCAUACACUUGAAGCUAUCAGAGUAGGUGCCAUUGGAACAAUCAGUGCUCUGAUUACCCAUGAACUAGAUGCCAUCAAGAGCACACCCCAGAUGCCGAUAUCCUAUGAAAGCCGACCUCACAGACAAACUGUCCCAGUUUCCAUUGAUUGUGGUGUAUCAACAAGAUUGUCACAACCAAGAAGAAUGUCAUCUUACAAAAUGAGAAGAGCUGACAACAUGAGCAAUGCUCUGAUCGUAGAAGGCAAGGGAGCGUCCAGAAGAAAUUACACAGCACUCACCAUUCUCCCCAUGGCAUUCCUAUGCUCAGUUCAGAAGACAUUUCCAUGGAUAGAACUUUCAGAAGGGGAAGAACUACAAAGAAAGGAUUUGGUAUUGUUGAAAUUGUGGACUUCAAAUGUGGGAAUACUGAGAAAUCAUGGUCCAAGCCUAUUACUGAUCAAUUCAAAAAGCUCAAUUUUUUGCGGCUUUCUGAUUAACCUGGAAGAUUCUAUGUCAGGGCGUAUAAUUGUGAGAUUACAUAGCCUCGCACUCACUGAUUCAAAUAUGCAGAAAGUUAUUUUGUCAAGGAAGUUGCUUGUGGAUGAAGAAUGGUGGUCUUAUGAGAAAGCUCCUUACGUGGCAAAGGCUAUGAAGAAGAAGGCGGAGUAUGAGAAAGCAAUGAAAGAGUUUAACAGCAAACUCAAUGGCAAUGGAGAAUUGAAGCCUGAUGAAUCUGGAAAAUCAUCUUCUGAAGUCCACGAUGAGAACGAGCAGGAAGGAAGGGUUGGAGCUUGCUGCGAACGGAUGAAUGUUGGUACAGUUCGUGGAAAUAAAUUUGGACAUAUAGUGCUUGUGUUCUUUUUUCUGGUUGUUUCCUUCACUGCCCUUUGUUUCAGAAGAGCAGUACUCCAGAGCAUCAUGGUUCAUACACUUGAAGCUAUCAGAGUAGGUGCCAUUGGAACAAUCAGUGCUCUAAUUACCCAUGAACGAGAUGCCAUCAAGAGCACACCCCAGAUGCUGAAGGCGAGGGAGCGUCCAGAAGAAUUACACAGCACUCGCCAUUCUCCCCAUGGCAUUCCUAUGCUCAGUUCAGAAGACAUUUCCAUGGAUAGAACUUUCAGAAGGGGAAGAACUACAAAGAAAGGAUUUGGUAUUGUUGAAAUUGUGGACUUAAAAUGUGGGAAUACUGAUAAAUCAUGGUCCAGGCCCAUUACAGAUCAAUUCGAAAAGCUUAGUUUUUCGCGGCUUUCUGAUUAACCUGGAAGAUUCUGUGUCAGGGCGUAUAAUUGUGAGAUUACAUAGCCUCGCUCUCACUGUUUCUUAGAGGUUUCAAGGCGCCCUCUGAUUCAAAUAUGCAGAAAGUUAUUUUGUCAAGAAAGUUGUGAGCUAUAAUACAGGCUAUGUAUAUCAUAUUUUCUUCAGUUUGUUUGAUGUUUCAGGCUUGUGGAUGAAGAAUGGUGGUCUUAUGUCUUUUACAUCAAUUCUCAGGAUAAAAGUGGUUUUUUUUUAUUUUUUUGAUAAACCAACCUUGAUCAUGUUGACAGAAUCGUCUCGUUUGUUUUCCUUUCAGUUCUCUUUUUCGUUAGAACUUUAUUUUUUGGAUUAUUUACUUCAGUUAUGUUCAUUAAAAUUGCAUGUUUUGUUCAUCCUAACCCAUAAUUAGCUCUGCACCUUUCUCCUUAAGAGUGCUAAUUUUCAAUUUAAAAGAAAUUUAUUUUAAGACAUUACGUGUUGGGAGAAGGCUUGGGACAAAGGGACAAACAUUUUUGGGGACAGAGGAUCCCUAUGCCUUUAAUUUGUGUUACAAUCUUGAAUUUAGUCUUUUGCGUAGUGCUAGGUACUGCCAUGCAGGGCAACAUAGACCACUGAAUUUAUAACAUCAGAAAUCUCCCCAAGUCAAUGUUAGUAAGAGGUUGAAUGCUCCCAUAUGAUAUGAAGUUAGUUCCAUGCAUGAGGGGUCGCAAUUUGGUUUCCUCUUGUAGUUAGCAAGAGCCACUUACUUUAGCAUACACAAAAGUGACAUGCCUCUCCUAAAUGGCAGAAAAUUUUGUGCUAAAGGUCCGUGGUUGUUUUUGCCAUCAGACUUGUACAUCCACAGUUUACUUUUAUAGGUAUCAAAAUGA